GUGUUGCUAUGGCUAUGUAUAAUACAGAUGAAUCAAUAACAGCAUUUGCUCAUGCUUGUUUCUAACAUGCAAUUGAAUUAGGAUAUCCCUUAUAUUUAUCAACCAAAAAUACCAUUCUUAAAGUUUAUGAUGGUAGAUUCAAAGAUAUCUUCUAACAUUUAUAUGAUACUAAAUAUAAACCUGAUUUUGAUGCUAAGAAGAUUUGGUAUGAACAUAGAUUAAUUGAUGAUAUGGUAGCAUAUAUGAUAAAGAGUGAAGGUGGAUUUGUUUGGGCUUGUAAAAAUUAUGAUGGAGAUGUUUAAUCUGAUACUUUGGCAUAAGGUUUUGGAUCACUUGGUUUGAUGACUAGUGUAUUAGUUAGUCCAGAUGGAUGUGUUGAAGCUGAAGCUGCACAUGGAACUGUUACAAGACAUUAUAGAUUACAUUAAUAAGGCAAAGAAACAUCAACUAAUUCAAUUGCUAGUAUUUAUGCUUGGACAAGAGGAUUAUUACAUAGAGCCAAAUUAGAUAAUAAUAAAGAAUUAGAAAGAUUUUGCAAUACUCUUGAAGCAAGUAUCAUAGAAGCAGUUGAAAAAGGAUUUAUGACUAAGGAUUUAGCCAUUUGUGUUCAUAAUACAAUGAAGUAUAGUAAUAUAAUUAUCUUUUAGUGUUCCAAGAGAUUAAUAUUUGAAUACCUUAGAAUUCAUUUAAAAAGUAGCAGAAAUAUUAAAAGUCAAUCUAACAAAAUGAGUU